AGAGUCAGGUCUAGAGAAGGGAGGUCCUAGGUUCAAAUAUGACCUCAGAUACUUCCCAGCUGUGUGACCCUGGGCCAAUACACAGUAUUGACUCCAAGAUGAUGGAAGGUCAGGGUUUUAAAAAUUUUUUUUAAUUAAAAACAAUGCAACAAUCAACUAUGAUUCCAGAGGAACAGAGAUGAAGAAUUCUAUCCAUCUCUUUACAAAGAAGAUAGGCUAGGAAUGCAGAAUGAAAUACAUGGUUUUUGGAAAUUGCUAAAAUGGAAGUUUGUCUUGCUAUAGUCUGUGUAUGGUGAUUUUUUUUUCUUUUUCAAUUUUUUAUUUUGAAAGUGAAUAGGUUAGGUUAGAGGGAAAUAAAAUGAAUGGCUGUUAAUUGAGGGAAAUGGCAAUCGGGAGUCAUAGGAGAUUUUUAAGAAAGGGUAAUGUUGGGAUUAUAGUUCUUUAGGAAAACUGUUUUGGUGUUAAUAUGAAAGAUGAAGUGGAGAAGGAAAAGUUUGGGGUUGAUAAAAGUGAAAGGUAAUAAGAAUCUGUCUUUGAGUAAUGAAAUACUGAUAUAUAUGAAAACCAAGGAGUAAGUAUAGAGGAACAGGUAGUAGACAAUUGAUUCAGUUUUGGAUAUUUUAGUCUUGAGGUUCCAGAUUGAUAUCAAGAUGGAGAUUUCAAAAAAUUAGUUGUGAAAUAUGGUUCUGGAGUUUGGAAAAGGUCUGUACUAGAGAUAUAUGGUAUGUUUAAGAAUUUUCUCAGUUGGGGAUGAAAAAUAAUAAGGUUGCAAGAAAGAGAAUGUAGAAAGAAGAGGAUUGAGGGCAAAGCCUUGGAAAGUGUCAUCAUUUAGGAGGCAAAAGAGAAAGAACAACUAGAAAAUUAUUAGAACUAGGAAAGGGCCAUUUUUUCAAGGAUCAAGGGAAUAGAGAAUAAUGAAAAGAAAAUGAAUAUUAGUCACAGUCAUUCAACACAAACUCCAGAGCAGUGAAAGAGAAUAAUGAAUGAGAGACAGUUUUUUGGAAAACAUUUGUCUGUAGGAUCAUAAAUUUAGAUGUAGAAAAGAUUUUAGAGCCAACCAAAUCCAAUCCUCUCAUUUUACAGAUUUGAAAACUGGAUCUGGAAGAGAUUAAGUUAGUUGCCUUGGUCAUACAUAUAGUAAGUACUCAAGGUAAAAUCUGAAGACAAGAGUUCCUAACUCUAAGCCUAGUGAUCUACAUGGUACUGCCAUCUGCUUCUGGGAUAUAUUAGAAUGGAGAUGAUAUAUCAGAGACUAGACUAUGUUUAUAUGUAUGUGCUUCUUGAAUCAAAGAGCUAGAAGUGACCUUAAAGACUCAUGCUAAGCAUUUUUAUGAAUAUUUCCUCAACUUUGCCUAUUGGAAUCCUUAGCUCCUUUCAAUAAUAAUUAUUGUUAUUAUACUUGUGAUAUAGUAAUCAUUGUUGUUGUGAUAUAAUAAUUAUUAUUAUAUAACCAGCAUCUUUAUGAUACUUUAAAGUGUGCAAAGAAGUGUAUUGUGUUCUCAUUUAAUCCUCACAACAAUCCUUCAAAGGAGUUACUAUUAUUAUCCCCAGUGUACAAAUGAGGAACUUGAGGCUGAGAAAGGUUAAGUGACUUGCCCAAGAUCACAUAACUAGUAAGCUUCUAAGGCUGGAUUUGAAUUCAAGAUAUUUCUGAUUACAAAUCUAAUAUUCUUACCCACUUUACUAUCUAACUACCUCUCAAUGUGAGCUUCUCAAGGCUGAGCUUAGGUGUUAAUUCCUAUACAAGGCUAUUCUCUCCCUCCUUCUCUCCUUCCCCUUCCAAAUUAAUUUGAAUUUUAUAUAUAUAUAUAUAUAUGAUUUUUUUAUCUUACUACAUAAAUCCUUCAUAAUCUAGUCCCUUCACACUUUCCAAUAUUUUUAAAUCUUACUCCUUGCCAUGUUCUUUUCAAUCCAGGGACUCUGCUUCCCAGCUGUUUCACAAAUAAAACCCUAUCUCUCCAUUCUGAGCAUUUUCUUUCUUCCCCAUACCUAGAAUGUGCUCCCUCCUCAACUGACUUCCCUAGCUUCCUUUUAGUUUCACUAAAAUCCCACCUUCUACCAAAAGUCUUUCCUAAACUCUCUUAAUUCUAGUGCCUUCCUCUGUUAAUUAUUUCCUAUUUGUCUUGAAUCUAGCUUAUUUGUAUAUAUCUUCUGACUUAUUGACUCCCCCAUUAGAUAGUGAACUCCCUAAGGACAAGGACUGCCUUUUUUACCUCAUUUUGUAUCCUCAGUGUUUAGUAAAGAGCUUAGCAUACAAUAGAAAUGUAAUAAGUAUUUAUGAACUAAAUGAUUGAUGUUUCUCUCCAGUGAAGGAUAAUAUCCUUGAAGAUAGAGAUUUGUCUCUUUUUAUUCUUUGUGUCCUAUUCACCUAAUACAGUGUGCUAUACAUAACAGAAAUUACAUAGCUAACUUUUCAUAAAUACAUAUUUAAUAAGUAUAUAAAUAUAAAGUAUUUUCAUUAGUAGUUAUAAAAUAAAAUAUGAAUAGCCCAGGAUCUUAAGUUAUUUGCCAGCAUAUCUUUGUUUUACCUGUAUUAUAUACAAAAUACCUAUGUAUUAUUUAACUCAAGUAAACAUGAAAGAAUAUCUGAUGUCAUGCCCUACAGAUCAAUUAGGCAGCUUCAAGAAGUUAAUUUUUAAAAGACUAAAACUUAUGAAUUGACUUAACAAACUGAGAUUAUUAAAAUGAUAUAGGACAGUGAUGGCAGACCUUUUAGAGACUGUGUUCUGUGCCCUGCCACCCCUUCCCCAGAGACCAAGUGCCAUCCCUGCCUCAUCCCAGAUAGGGGAGGGAGAGAGGAGAGAGGCACAAGAACUCUACCCAGGGGAAGGAGUAAGCACUUCCAUUGGGCUGUUGGGCAGAGGGAGGUGUGGUGGAGAGAGAGAAAGGAGUAGCUCCACCCAAGUCCCUCUGUCUUUCUAAUAACUAACUCUGGUGAGCAUACCCUCAGAGAGUUUUCUGUGUGCCAUCUUUGGCAUGAAUGCCAUAGGUUCACCAUCACAGACCUAGGAUAACACCUUAACUGAGCAUAGUUUUUCUUUCUCUAAGUCUUAAAACCACAGCUAUAUUAAGUGUAAGCAUCCUGUUGCUACUAUAAUCAAGUUUUGUGUUAAUAUAAAGUGGGUUUAUGAUUGGAUUCUGUCCCAGGAUUACCAAGGCUACUGAAAAGUUUGUAUUUUACUUGCCAUUAUUUCUUCAGUGGAAAUCAGUUCUUUCAAGAUUGAACUACUUCCAAAUGAAAGGUAGGCAAAUACCAAAUACUCUAGGCCAGAGUUUCCAGGAGCACAUGUGCACAUAUGCAUAUACAUCUCACACCACAAAAAUGUAAGAAUGAAUAAAGUUUUCACUUGUUCCUUGGGUUAAAUGGAGCUAUUAUCCAAAGUAAAAUAUUUAGUCUUUGAUCAGAAACCAGAGUACCUACCAGAAGAUACUGUAUAUCUCAUGUAAGUCAAAUAUUUUCAGACUUUUAAAAAUGCCUUUAUUUUGACAAAAAAAGGUAAAAUGAAAUAUACAUAACAUUCAUAUAACAUAAACUGUCAUAACAUUGGGGGGGGAACCCUAACCUUCUAUCUUAGUAUCAAUUCUAAGAUGGAAAAGUGACAGGUGCUAGGCAAUCAGAGUUAAGUUACAUGCCCAGGAUCACAUAGCUGAGAAGUAUGUAAGGCUAUAUUUGAACCCACAUCCUCUUGACUCUGGGCCUGUUGCUCACUGUGCUCCCUGGUUCCCUCAACUUUGAACCUAUUAGAUAGGUGACAUAAUAGAUAAAAUGUGACUUAGAGUCAAGAAGAGCUGAGUUCAAGCUCUGACAUAAGGCUUGGUAAAUCUUAAUCUCAGUUUCCUCAAGUGUAAAAUGGGAAUGAUAAUAAUGAUGUUGAUAAUAGCAUCUGCCUCGCAGGGUUAUGAGGAUCAAAAUGAAAUAAUAUAUAUAAAGUACUUUACAAACUUGAGAACACUACAUAAAUGUUAGACAUUGUUAACAACUCUUCAACCCUUUGUUUUUCUAAAGUACUUAUUUAUGUGAGAAGCAGCAUGGAAGAGACAGGAAGGAUUUGGAGGUAGUUUUGCCUCUUGCACCUACUAGCUCUGAGGCCAUGGGUUACCCCAGUCAGUUACCCCAGACAUUUUUUAAUAGGAAUCACUGGUUGGUGUUAGUAUUAUUUCCAUAUGGGGUAUGAAGUUACAGAUCCCAACCAAAAAAGAAAUUUACUUCUCUAUAUUUUAUUAUCAAAAUAAGAGUUUUAUUUACUUCUUCUAAGAUACAAGUUCCUGACGAUAAUGAAGGAAUCCACAUGGAACAGCAGAAAAGUACUAGAUUUAAAAUCAAAGGAGCUGGAUUUAAGUUCUCAGUUCAGCUCCUUCAGAAAAUCACUUAUACCUCUCUGAAUCUGUUUUCUCCUCUGUGAAAAUGAGAUGACUAUACUACAUUGUGUCUGGGUCCUAUCUAGUGCCACAUUUAUGAUUCUAUCUGCAUGACUGUGCCUUAUUGACCUUUGAAUUGCUCACUACACCUUUGAGAGAAGCAUAUUGAGCAUAGCUCUCACUCAGUAAAUGUUUUGUGAAUUUAAAGAUACUAUCAUUUUUCAUUUUAUUUUUCAAUCCUUCAUCAUCUAUAAAUGCUGUAAUAACCCUUCAUAAAUGGUUGCUGCAAUGAAGAAGAGAUGGUGAGGAGAAAGAGAGAACAGGGGUGAGAGAGAGGGAAAGGAUUGUUCUAUUUGUUCUUCUCCCUUACUUCUGGGGGGGAGAUAAGCCAGGUCCUAUCCCCUUGGAGAAAAAGAGUAUGUCUCCACAGAAAUAUUUUCUGGGAGACGGAGGACAGGAGAUUAAAGAGGGAUUGCCUCAGUGAGAUGGUAGGAUGCCUCCUUCAGAGAAGCCCAGGGCUGUUGGGGUCAAAUCUAUCCUUGAGAGGCAAGAUAAUCUCUUAUGCCUCUGCUUUCCCCAAGGACAUUAACUGUCAACUGUAAAAAUUUUGUUGGCACAUAAUCUUAACCAUUUUCCCACAAUUCAGUUUUAGCAUAAAAUAAGAACUUAGAUUAGCAAACAGACAGAUUAGGAUAAAAUUUGUUAUUUGGGGAGGGGGAGGUUAGAUAGGAACAAUAAGUAGCAUAGACAGAUUAGAAUAGACAUAGAAGAUAAGUAACUGGCGUGGGCCAGGGUGGCACCAUGGGAACAACAAGAAAUGGAGGAUUUGUGAUAGAGGCUGGCACUAGAGAAAAAGUGCCAGACUGAAGAGUAUAUGAAAUUAAUCACCUCGAAGGGGGAGGGGCCCCAGGAGUGAAUUUUCCUGAGGAGAGAAGACUCUGGCUGGAGGGCUGUGAGGGUCUCUCUGUCUUGGGAAGUCAAAGAGAGAAGGUGGAUAAAGACUUUCUCCUGAGGGUUACCCACUUUUCCUGCUGAUGUCUGGAAAUCCUUCCCCCCAAACACUUCCAAUUGAAGGGACUUCUGAAGAGAAACCUGAACAGACUUUACCUCAGUUCCUGUUGCCCAGGGGAAUGAAGAUAGAGGUGACAAUGCUGGAAGGCCAACACAUACAACAAAAAUGGAGAGUAUCCAGGCAGUAGAAGAAUGCCAAAAUCCUACUCCAGAUGAAAUUAUGUCCUGGUCUCAAAAUUUUGACAAGAUGAUGAAGACGCCCGCUGGGAGAAAUCUCUUCAGGGAAUUUCUUCGAACAGAAUAUAGUGAAGAGAACCUACUUUUUUGGCUUGCAUGUGAAGACCUAAAAAAGGAACAGAACAAGAAAGUUGUUGAAGAAAAAGCUAGACUUAUCUAUGAAGAUUAUAUUUCUAUACUGUCACCCAAAGAGGUCAGUCUUGAUUCCCGAGUGAGAGAGGUGAUCAAUAGAAAUCUCUUGGACCCCAAUCCUCACAUGUAUGAAGAUGCCCAACUUCAGAUAUAUACUUUAAUGCACAGAGACUCUUUUCCAAGGUUUUUGAACUCUCAGAUUUAUAAGUCUCUUGUUGAAAGUACUGCUGGAUCUACUUCUGAAUCUUAGUUUUCUUUGUUGGGGGGGUGGGCAGAAUCAUUUUGGAGGGCUGGGGUGGGACAUUCAAGUAGUUACAUAACAUCAGAAGCUGAGUUCCUGGAGAACUACAGUUUAGCACUACUCAGGCUACUGUGAAAAAAAUACAACACAUUCUGGUCUUUGUCUCCAUUUUUACCAAGGUCAUUCAUAGUUAAGUUUUUUGGGGGAAAAAAACAAUAAUGGAGUUACCAAAUGACAUAUUUUACACACCAUUCACUUUAACUGCAAGCAAGAUGUAUUUGUAGUCCUAUGAACAGUCUCCUUGUGUAUCCUCACACUGCAUGUGCAAGGUAAAGCUGCUUCAUUUGCCACUUAGUUGUUGUAAUAUUUAAUCCAAUAACAUAAUUUAUCUAUGUAUUUAAGGACAUUUUUGUGCAAUAUGGUCUUACAUAGAAAUAAUUUUGGCAAAUCAGCUGGGGUUUGCAUUUUUUUAGGAUAAACUACUACAGAAAAAGCCAAUUUUUAAAGUGUAACAAUGGAAUUCAAUAUGCUAUACUGCAUUCAAUACACUGAUUUUGAAGCCAAUAUUUCUGUAAAAAAAAAAAAAGAGCUAUUUAUCGCUGUUUAUUUAAAAAAACAAAAAAAUGAAAAAAAAAACAAGAAAAAACCCAUCAUGGGGACUUCCUCUGGUUGUUCACUGCCAAAACUGUGGCAUUUUCGUUACAGAAGAGUUUGCAAUGUCAAAAAAAAAAAGCACAAACCAUUUGAAGGGAUCAUGUUUCAAUGACAAAAUCUAUGUGCUGAUUUUGUUUUUAAUUGUUAUAAAGGAACAGAACCUGUGUACAUUUCAGAUGUCAGAUACUGUAAUUGAUUUAUUAAAGACUGGCUAUCCAGUUCUAAUACUGUUGUGUAAUGUUAUGUACUUCAGCAAGGAAAAAAAAAAAGAUUGAUCUUUAGUUUUUGAAUAUGAAAGGUUUAAUAAAAGAUUGCCUACAUGUAGCAUUUUAAAACAUUUUGAUGAAUAGCAUCUGUCCUGUGGCAUAUUUUUCUUCAAGACAAAUCCCAUGAAAAGCUAUGUUUUUAAUCAGUGGUUUUGAAGAAGACAAAUAGCUGCUUCAGACCUAGUAAAUUUUAAACUAGUUCCUCAAGACCAAGAAGUUUCCAAAAAUAAGUAAUAUGAAAUACCAAAUAUUAAAUUCUUAAUCAGAAAUUCAAAAGAUAGUGCAGCACUCAAAGCUUUUUGCUGCCUAGAUACUUGUACAGGUAUGGCUAGAUCUUUACAGAAACAGAAGGAAAGAAAGAAAAAUCUUGCCUGAUGUGGGUAUGCACUUUUGACAUUCAAGAAAACAAUAUCCUGUAAUGUACAAAACACCAUCAGCUUCAUAUUUAUAUCGAAGUGUUAUAAUGUAAAUGUUAAUAUCCCCUGGAGGCUAUUUUUUUAAUUGCAAGCUUGGUGAAAAUAACUAUGUGACUUGGAAUGAAAGUUGGAAAAUAGUUAUAACCACUUGAGAACACUGGCCUUAUACUAGGGAUGAUAUUAAAAUUUUAGGUUUUCUUUUUCAUUUUCUUUCACUACCUCUCAUUUAUUUUUAAUUUAUUAAAAAUAUUUCAAAAGAGCAGGUUUGGAGUUUUAUUUUACAAUAUAUUUUACUUGAAGCCUGACAUAAGUUUUGUGUCCGUGAACCUAAAACAUUUUAAAACUGUUUUUAAGUGAAUUUUAUUUUGUAAUUAAUAUAGAAUUCAGGAGCUAUUUAAAGGGCUAUUCUCUACUCCCUAUGCAAAUACUUUAACUGUUGUAGUUUGACAAAAUGGGAUAAAAAAAAAACAGAAUAAAAAACAAAAUAUCCUGUUUACACUGGCGUUGCUGACUAUCUUAUCAUAUUCAGCACUUUUAAAUACAUUGUUAUUUAUGAAAAUGUAGUUAAAAUGCAAGACAUAAAAUAUUUAUAACAAACAUUUCUUUUAAUAAAAUGCCUGUUUUGUCUGAAAAUGUUACUGUGUUAUGACAUACUUUAUUCAUGUUGGUUAGUUAUUUACCAUAUGAAUAAAAGUUUUUAGUACUAUAUUAAUAGAAUGAUAGCUAUGAAUAUGUUUACAAUAAUAGAUAAUUCAUAUUUUUUCCUGAAGAAUGAAGAAAAUACUAGAAAGAAUCACCACUUCUACUGUGAAGUUCUGUUGUUCCUGAAAUGAUUUAAAACUUUUUUUCUGAAUUAGAAUUACAUUGGUUAUACUACUACUGUGUAUACAUACACAUAUAUGGUGUAUUUUCAUAUUUGUUACAGUGUUGAGGCACAAUAACAUUGGUGCAUAGAACUAAAAAAAAAUGUAAAAUACUAUUACAAAUAUUGCAUGUAUAAAUCUUUUAAAAUGUAGACUUUAUAUUAUUGAUGUUACUAUUUGAUGGUGACCUGAUAGUCAGAAACUAUCUUUAUAAGAUACUUUGGACCAUUAGAUGAAUUGUCUGUUUGACAAUACUUUUACCAUUUUACCAAAUCUAAACAUAAGGGCCCUUAUAAAAACAAUCUUGAUCUCUAAUACUGGAGUUCAUAAAGUAUAUAUUUUGAAACAGGUGCAUCCUUUUGGAAAUUGUUCAGGUAGUUGUCUUGUGGAAGAUACUGGAAUAAGUUUGCACAUCAAUUUUUUUUACAACUGUGUGAACAUUUCCAUAAGAAACUCCUAUUUUCAGGGGUUUAAUAUUCAACCACAGAACCCUGAAGUUUCUUCCUAGAAGUGGUAUCUGUACAUUUUGUGCUCUAUCAAAUUUAAAGGGAAAAAAAAAACCAUCUGCUUUAUAUUAUGUUCACUAUAUAAAUAAAACAGGAAAUAAAAUCAAGAAACAAAAAAGAAAAGCCCAACAUCUUAUAUGGUGUCUAUACUACCAUUUCAAUAGCACAACAUCUGUUUUAGUAUCCUAAAUUCUCCUACUGUAUACAUUGUCUUUUUAAGGAAAAAAUGAAGCCCCUUGGAAGGUGCAAAAAUAUAUUUUAGGCCACCAAGGUGGUUUUUUGCAUGCUGCUAUUGUACACUAACUACAGUGAUCUAAAAGUGGUUACUGAACUUAGCAGGCCCAAAGUGAGCUGUGUCUACAUUGGAAAUUGAAGGAGAGAUCAUCCUCUGGAUCCUUCAGACAAAAUGUCCUGAUAUUGAGAAAAGGGACUUUGAUUGUCAGAAUUUUCCAGUAUGCCUAUCUGCUUACACAGAUGACAGUUACAGGAUUAUUACUCAUCUCUCCACUUUAUUUAUCCCAAGUAGACAGAUUUAUUCCAUGGCUUUUUUAUAUUUUGAGAGUUACUAGAUAACAGCCUCUUCUUUUUUUUUAAAUAGAGUAAUUGUUUUGUCAGAAGUAUACAAGUUGAGUGAAUCUGAUGCAAAUACUAGCCAUGGUACAAGCAGAUUUAAGCACUAUGGGCACAUUUGUAUUUACUUGUAAUAAGAGCUAAGAACAACUUUGAUCUCAACACUAGAAUGGACAAGAGCCAAGACCACAUUCUGGUCUUUUUUUUUUUGGCUGCCUUUUAAAAAUUGUAAAUAAUGAAGAUAAUCAAUUUUGAAAAUUGUUUAGAGUGCAUGGUGGGGAGGGGGACUGUUUAUUAGUAUUCCUUAAUACUGCCUAAGUAUUUACUUGUAGAAUGAAAUGUAUCAAUAUGUAUUUGCCUGAUAAUUCAGUAUUUCAGAAGAACAAGAGGAGCAAGUAAAUAAUGUGCAUUUAUUGAGAACAAAAAUUGAAUUUAGAUUCACCCUGGGAUUGAAAUUUAACUGAUACCUCAUUCUGGGGCUUGAUCGAUACAUUUUUAUUUUUCUAUAAUGUUAACUUUCUAUAAAGACAAGUAGCAUUAUGACUGUAACAAUUUGAAAAAUAUCAGCAGGUCAUAGAUUUAAAGUUAAAUGAACUUUAUGGAUCACCAUCAUCUAUUCCAAUCCUAACAAUUUACAGGUGAGCAAACCAGUUAAAUGACUUGUCCAAAAUUACACAAGUAGUAAAUAGCAAAGAUGAGAUUUGAACCCACCAGGUUCUCUGACUCCAAAUCCAGUUUUGUUUUUUUUCUACUGCACUACAAAAUACAAAGUGGUUUAGGCCACUGUGAAGACUGGGAAAAAGUAAAGAGUUUUUGUUUUUGUUUUUUUUUCCAGAGACUUCUUUUUGAAAAUGUCUCCUAACAUUUUCAAGAAACAUUAAUCAGAAUCCUUUCAAGGAACAAUUGAGUUUUUUUCCACAGUGUGUUGAAUACCAGAUAUAAUUUGGGAGCAAGGGAGAAAUUUUUCAAAAAUGUUAACUGUCUCAUAUUAAUUGCCUUCCAAGAAUUAGUCAAGUACAUAAUUUGUGUUUCCCUUGGUUGGUGACAGUUCUUGUCUUUGUUUCUGUUAUUUUUAAGAACACUGUCAAUACUAACCUAUAAAAAAUUAUUUUUUUCUCCAAACAGUUCUAUCAGGACACAAUGUCAUUCCCAACCAUAUAUAUGAAAAACAAAUGUUCCAAUGAGAAAGUCUAUUAAAAGGUUUGACUUUUUUAUCUUAACUGCUGCAACACUGAAUAUUAGUAAAAUAGAAUAAAAUAUUGUACUAUAACAAAAAUCAUAACCCUUUUCAGAACUUUAGCUGUGACAAUAUUACUGGAUGGAUAAAGGAGGAACAAAGUAGCGUAUAGUAAAAGUAUCCUCUUGUUCAUUCUAAGAGAAUGGAUUUACUUAGUCCAGGUUUCAAAAAAAAAAAAAAGAAAGACCUAGAGAAGGGUGGGUGCAAAAGAAAUCUUGCCAAAUAUCUGUAAAGAGAUUAUUAGCAAAAGUAGAAGACAUUCAAACUAGUCACAAAAAGUAAACAGAUUUCUAGAAAUAGUUCUUAGGUGUAGCACCUGUAGUCUUUCCUCACUACUUCCCACACAUUAUCCUUUGUGUUCCAAAAAUCUGUAUAUUUAAACUGUAACCUUAUAUUUACUUCUAACAGGGCAUUUUUACUUUAAAACAAAUAAGCCACAUUCAUUCUACAAAUAUUUAUUGAUUACCUAAUUAAUUUAAGGUAUUGGUGGCAGGAGGAUACAAAGAUAAAUGAGAAAAGCAUGUUCUUGCACUUAGGGACUCUCCUAAGGGAUAUUAAACUUUUACAAAUCAAUAUAUAAUGCAAAGUAGAAUGGGAAAGUACAAAAAAGAAAA